AGGAAAUUUUAGAUUUAAUCAUCAAAAUGAAUGAAGAAGCUAUUAUUGGUAAACCAGAGGGUUACCUGAUGAAAAUAGUUUGGACAAUCCAGAAAAACAAAAGAAUGAUUCCAAUCCGCCUACUAUUCCUGAACAGAAAACAAUUGAAAGCGAAAAAAAGUUAGAGCUUCCAGGAAAUUGUUACUGUGGCAAAGACAGAAAUUUGAAUCUUAUUGAGCUAUUAUGUGCAAACUGUAAUCGAUGGUACCAUGAAUCUUGUAUUGGCCAUCGGUUGGGAAAAUUAGUACCAUUUAUGUCUAAUUAUAUUUUUCUUUGCAAAAAUUGUUCUCCGACAGGGCUAGAAAGCUUUAAAAAGAGUCAAGCACAAACCCAGCAAAUGUGCGUGACAGCAGUGGCGAAUCUUCAACACAACAGUUUUAGAGAAGGUACAAAUAGACUCUUAUUCAACAAAGAAAAAGAAAUUAUUCCAUACAUUGACCACCAUUGGGAGGCAUUGACGACAACUUCACGAAGAGUCACACAAAGUUGGCAUCUAACAGUAACCAAGGCACUGAUUAAAGACAUCCAUAUUCUCUUUCUUUUUGAAGACAGCCCUGCUGGGAACAUGUAUGGUUUAAUGAAUACAGAUUUAACUCAGAUUAAGCCUAAUUAUGAAGCUAUGAUUAAAGGUGGGAUGUUGAAGGUUACUGAUAUGGGCAUUCAGCACAUUUCACUGUCAGGCGGUGUUAAGUCUAGAAAUACGAAGCGGAAAUUUACGGGAGAUGUAGGAGCACAAGGUAAAAAAGGCCGUGGAGUCGACUUGGGAACGCCCAAGUUACCCGCCCAUGGUUAUCCUCUGGAUCAUCCCUUUAAUAAAGAUGGCUAUCGAUACCUGUUGGCGGAACCUGAUCCACAUGCACCUUUUAGACAGGCAUUCGAUGAAAGCUCAGAUUGGGCUGGUAAACCCAUACCAGGAUGGUUGUAUCGAACAUCAAUAGCCAACACAGUAUUGUUAGCACUACACGACAGAGCUCCCCAGUUAAAAAUAUCCGAAGAUCGCAUAGCAGUAACAGGAGAGAAAGGAUACUCUACAGUAAGAGCCACUCACUUUGUGACACAAGGUGUCUGGUACUGGGAAGCAACCAUCGAGGAAAUGCCCGAAGGAUCGGCUACGCGGAUGGGCUGGGGACAAGAUUAUGCCAAUUUGCAAGCUCCCGUGGGAUACGAUACAUUUGGAUAUUCAUGGAGAUCACUGAAAGGAACACGUUUCCAUGAAGCCCUUGGAAAAUCCUAUAGUUCGGGAUAUGGAGAAGGUGACACAUUAGGAUUUAUGAUUGUUUUGCCUGUGAAUAGUACAACCAAAUUAAUUCCAAAUACAUACAAGGAUCGUCCUUUGGUAAAAUUCAAAAGUCAUUUAUAUUACGAAGACAAAGACAACGUUCAAGAACGAUUAAAAUCUCUGGUUCCUUUGCCAAAAAGUCAAAUUAUCUUCUUUAAGAAUGGAGAAUGCCAAGGAGUUGCCUACCAGGACAUACACCAGGGUUCUUAUUAUCCAACUCUUUCUUUGUAUAAGAAUAUAACUGUUUCCGUUAAUUUCGGACCCAGUUUUAAGUAUCCUCCUCCUAUUGAGCAAUACAAUUAUAAACCGGUAUCAGAUCGAGGAGAAGAAGCUAUAAGUGACCAAGCGUUAGCCGAUCUUGUAUAUUUAAUAGAAAAUGAGGGAAAACUAAGACUAGACAGUUUUGUACUGUGAUAGACUUUUUUUCUAAUCGUAUCGUGUAAAUUAAUUUAGUUGUACAAACUAAAAACAAAUAUUUUAUAUACUUAAUAAAAUUAUGUCUGAAUGAAAUUUCGAGGCACACUAAACGCAAAACAAAGCUCAUUGCACGUGAGAUGGUCAUAUAAGGAAUUUUAUAUAUAAACAUCAAAGUACAAUUCUCAGUUUCAGUAAAACUUAUAAAAGUUAAAGUCUUACUUGACACAAAGUCAUUAAAACUUCAAGUAUAAUUCCCACUGCAGAAAUACUGCUCUAGUUUCAAGAAUGUCGAAGUCAUGUUGUCAAUUUUGAAAGGGUAUUUACACUAACUAGUACAAUAAAUGAAGGUAAAAAUCAACUAUUACCUCCGAUUUCGGUGAACCUCAAUCGAUUUGCAUGAAAAUUUGGGAUUGGAUAUAUUUUACCCUCAACUUCAAAAGUGAC